AGAACAAAGAAGAAGAAGCAGAGUGUGGAAGUAGACGUGAAUAAGAAGUGGACGAAAUUAUUUCAUAGAGCCCAGCCCCAGUUAAAAAUUUCUGAUUUUAACAAAAAAAUAUGUAAGUAAAUUGUUAAGAUUUGUGAAUUUGCAAAUAUUUGAUUUAUAUACGACGUGAGUAUGUGAAAAUUGUGGAUUUUUGUGUAUUAUUUGUAUGAAAAUAUACGAAACAAAAGUCGUAUGAAAAGAGAAAAUUCUUAAGUGUGAAAAGUGACGGUGCUAUGUGUGACACAGGGUGCAGAACGACGUUGGCGAUGACGGCGUACGAACAAACGAACGAUAUUAGGCAGCAGCGGCGUUGGCGGUGCUGAACUGCGAAGCGUCAUUACAAUAACGAAAGGAAUGCCAAAAAAAAGGAAACAUAAAAUCUCAACAAACGCACGCACUUAUUGCGGCAUUCCCAGCAUAAAUGCCAAGUGUGACCCAUUCUGCGGCGUAUCCGUUGAGAUACGGCAAGUGAAUAAGCCAAAAUAGGCGUCAGUAACACACAUUAUCAGCCGAUUUAUAGAUAUCUGUAUGUAUGUACGGGUGUGUAGGCAAGUGUGUCGCAAUAAGAUGUGUAUUUUCCUUUUUGUAGUCAGCAUAAAAAAUUUGUUUAUUUGAUAAUUACUUUCACGUUUUUACAAUACAAAAAAGUUUUGUGCUGAAUUCCAAAAAACAAGUUUUGGUAUUUAGCAGCAAAAAAUAUAUAUAAAUAAAAUGCAUCAGCGCUUCCGUUGCGAUCGACUGCGCUGUUGGCGACUUUGUAUUUUCACCGUCACAAAUAAGACAUAUGUAAUGUAUAUUACUUUAGCAAGUGUGUUUUAGGAAGUUGUUAAGUUAGAGGCGUAGUAAAGUACAAUAGUGUUAUAGGUAAUUUAGAGUCAGUAUUUUAAUAGUUAUGAACGCCAACCAGCGAAUUUUUCUUAUCAACAUUCAAUGCUUUUUGAGUCAUAGUUCUUGAGAAGAGAAUAGUCGCAGCGCAGUCGCUAAAUUCAAAGCAGCAAUACGACGUCGUCAGUUGUCACAUAAGCGCAGCACUCACGCGCGCACACAAACAUGCAUGCAUUCGGUUGUAAGUUGACUGAUCGCACGGUACGUGUACCUUAUACAUAUUUAAAUUUCCUUAAUGAAACUGCAGCCAUGUAUGAUUGUGUGAGCACAAAUGGGUAGACUUGCAUACGCAAUAUAAUCAACUUGGAACAAAUGCUUUGCUUAAUGCUUUUAACGGUCACAUAAAUGGAGAGAAUGUGAAACGAACAUUCGGCCGCUAAUACCAGUUUCAGCAGACAAUACUCGAUGAUAUGAAAGCAUAAAAAAUUCUUUGCAUUAAAUUAUUACAAGUGUGGAGGCACCGUCGAUAUACAUAUCAAGGAAGCGGAGAAAAGCCAUGCACACAUUCAUGCCUACAUCAUACAUACAUACUUAUAUGGCAUAAAUUAAUGUAUUUAUCCGCUUUUGACGCUAAAAGGCGAAUGAUAGAAUGAAGGAAAUAACAAUUGUUAGUGCGUUAGAGUCAACAACAUUAUCUACAAUUGAAUUUGGCUCGUGGUUAAUACGAAUUGACUGGCAUUGAAACCUUAAAGCUACGUAAUUGACAACAAAUGUUAAAAAACAUAACGGACAACGUUAGACAAUAAUGAAUAUUUUGGAUGUGUCAAAAGUUUGUUUAUAGAAAGUUACCACUUUAGACGACUGCUGCGCCAAAACGCAAAGAAAGAAGUUACACAAACAUGCAGACUAUCAAGUGUGUUGUUGUCGGCGAUGGUGCCGUGGGUAAAACUUGCUUACUCAUCUCUUACACCACCAAUAAAUUUCCUUCGGAGUAUGUGCCCACUGUAUUCGAUAAUUAUGCGGUGACAGUUAUGAUCGGCGGCGAGCCAUACACUCUGGGCCUAUUCGAUACGGCCGGUCAGGAGGAUUACGAUCGCCUGCGUCCGCUGUCUUAUCCACAAACAGACGUUUUUCUCGUCUGCUUCUCAGUGGUCAGUCCCAGUUCAUUUGAGAAUGUAAAGGAGAAGUGGGUACCGGAAAUCACGCACCAUUGUCAGAAGACACCCUUCCUAUUGGUUGGCACACAAAUCGAUUUGCGUGACGAGAGCAGCACUUUGGAGAAAUUGGCUAAAAACAAACAAAAGCCCAUUACCAUGGAACAAGGCGAGAAGCUGGCCAAGGAAUUGAAGGCAGUCAAAUAUGUGGAAUGCUCCGCCUUAACACAGAAAGGUUUGAAGAAUGUUUUCGAUGAGGCCAUCUUAGCAGCGUUGGAGCCACCAGAACCAUCCAAGAAAAGGAAGUGCAAAUUCUUAUAAUUUUAUGUAUUUAUUUAUAAACGACAUUUCAAACAAAUAGCAAAAGCAAGAAAACUAACAAUAACAACAAAAUAAGCUUGCAAACGCGUAUGAAUUCAUUCUAUGCACAGGAAAAAAAAAAUUCAAAAAAAAACUAAAUUUUGUAAACGAUUUGUCGAAACGAGUCAACCACACUCAUUUGUAGUGUGCAAACGGUAAAUUCGUGUGGCGGGAUUGGCGUGUGGCAAAAAUACAAUAACAAAAAUGUAUUGUUAACGUCGAGCGCAAAAAAAAAAUUAAGUAUUUGUAUUUUGGGAAUGAUAGGGUCUGUCUAUUUUGUAAAAGCUGGUGGUACUAUGAAUAAUAUGGCAACACAUGCACACAAAAAUAGCAAUAAAUAACAUUUUUCUAAAACAAAAA